AUGCUCCGCUUUUUCAUCCUGUCAAGUUACCCGGACGUCGACCAUAUCCUGGCCCUAUCAAGAAGGUACCUGCCUCCAGGCCGUCUGCUAAAACCCUUUCUGAAGGAAAAGCUGUUUCCCAUACAGCCGUUAGCAGCUUCGGUAUUAUUAUUAGGUCAGCCUACUGAACUUGGCGGUAUUGGACAAAGAAAGACCGAUGCCGGAGAUCGUGCUAAAAUCAAGUCGAAACCCGUUAUUCCGCUACCGGUACCAUAUGUGGACCUGGAACCUCAAGCAUCACUUAAAACCACAUCCUAUUUUCAUACAAAUACCAAAGCCGAACAAAUGCCAGUUCAGACCACCUCAACUACCAUGAUUACGCCAAUUAUCAAACGUCCAUUGCCAGACGAGCCAUCGCCUCAACAAAUUGCCAGCAUGCGCCCGGCAAUUAAUCAAGGAUUUAAGCCUGAUUCCGUUGUCGUUGAGAGUGGCUUCCGUCCCAUUGUGCGCAACGAUGGUAAUGGCGUACAGCUGCCGCCAGAGCUGAUAGACCAGGUGGCUCAUAGACGCGAAGAUCCUGGAACCGAAAUCGAUGAAGUCAUGGAAACAGAUACACUUUUCCUUACCGCACAGCAAGGCAGCGACACCCAGAGCUUUGAGCCCAUGUUCAUACCGUCUCCGUUGGACAGCACCAAUGCGACUAUGCUAGCAUUAAAAACGGUGCAAGAGGUCGAACCAGUUGCGUCCGCAUCGUCGCUGAGAUUGCCGUCAGCGGCUAUAAAACAUGCACUGCCAGCGGCGUCUCAACUAAGGAAGCCAUCUCUAGAGGAAUUAUUUUUUGCUGGCGAGGAGGACGAGCCGGAAAGCGAAGCAGAAGAAGCGGAGGAACGGCUUUCGGCAACAAUUCAGCCAUCUAUAAUUGAACCGGAACAAAGCUCCUCAGAAACAAUAGUCGCACACGGGAAUGAUCCAAAUUAUGACGAAGUAGCCAACCUUUUUGACACAUCGGAAGAAGAGGUUCAUCUGACCCAGGAUACCACAGCUGACGACAUACCGGUAGAAACUGACGAUAAAGAAGCGCAAGCUGCCGAACGUGUUGAUACGUACUACUUGCCACCAGAUAAUCGAAAAAUUCCACAUGCCAGCAUUCCCAGCGGUGCAGUUUACACCUUUGACGGCAAAUCUGUGGUGGAUAGCACGCUGGUGCUGCCACCGAAGCUGGAUGCACGCGAUAGUGGACACUCGCGACACACACAUUUUGGGCUUACCCCAUUAGAAAAGCUAAUACGAACCACUCCACAGUUUGGUGCCUAUCGCGGUGAGCUCCCAGAGGAUUUCCUUUCCACCACUCAACCAGGUGUGCAACCAGUCACGGACUAUUCGAAUCUGGUGCCUUUAAGUAGCAGCAACGUGACGUCCACAUCAGGCACCGCCAGCACUCUUCAUUCGCAUUCAUCGUCAUUACUAACAUCGUCAUUGCGACCCAUUUCAACAAAGUUGCACUUGCUCAAGCCCGAUAUCAACGAUAAUAGCACGUAG